UGUUCUAAAUUUAUAACAAUCUGGAAAGCAUUUGCAGGUUAAUAAAGUUCAGUCCACAAUUUAUGGCUACAAACACAGACACACACACACACGUUAUAUUCUUUCUCAUUGUUCACAAUUUUAGUGUUUAUUGUUAAAAAGUGUAUGUUUUGGGUUUUAUGAAUGCUGACAUUUUUCAAAUUUUAAUUAUUACUUUUUACUAUAUAGAGGUAUAAAUACUGAGAUGUUAAAUUAUUGGCUACAAAUUUUCAAUUAAAUGUUUAUUACUUAUUCUUCUUUUUCAGUACUGUUGAUGCAACCUAGAGUCUUGUGGAUGCUCAUCAGAAUUCUACCAAUGAGUUCUAUCCAUGUCUCAGAUUUAUUAAUAUUUUAUUUAAUGUUUAUGCAUGCAUAUAAUGUAUUUGGAUUCAAUCCAAUCUCCAAUUCUUCUCCUAUUUAUAAUUUUUCUUCCAUCUUUAUGUUCUUACUCUCUCUUUCUCUUUCUCUCUCUCAUUUUUAAAUUAAUGUUCACUGAAAUCAGUUAGUGUUGUAUGUGUGUACAGAUUUUAUUUUGUGACAUAUUCUCAUCAAGUUGCUCAGGCUGGCCUUGAACUCACUCUGGAGCUCAGUAGACCUUGAAAGUGGCAGAACCUUCCUAUCUCAGUGUACUGCAUAGCAGAGAUUUCAUUCCUGUACCUCCAGGAUUGCUAUCUUUUUUUCUUGGUGUGUUAAACAUGAAGAAAUUAAAAAGUAUAUUUAUAAAAUUGUUAAAAGUUCAUAUUCCUGACUUAAUCUAAAUCAGUAUUUUCAGUGUUUUAGAAUUUGGUAUUAUACUAGCUUAGAUUUUCUUUAUUUCUAAGUUUAAAAAAAAUUUGCAAAACUAUUAAAAAUGGAAAGUAACCUUUUUGGUGGUUCUGGAGCCAAAUAAAAGCUAGGCAAGCAAUCACAUGCUGAGCUAACCCUGGCAUAAAUGCUAAAUAUAAUUGAAUACUUUUCUUCUUCUAUUAUAAUUAGAAUGUCUUCCCAUUCUAAUUGCCUCUUUUAUUUUUCCAGCAUUUUGGGAUUUCUCUUAAAUAUGCCUGAAUCCCAGGUAACUUUAAAGAGUUAAAAAGGUAUUAACUAUUAAGAGUUUACUUGUUAUCAAUAACUUUCAUGUAUUUUCUUAUUUCUUGCCAGAAAUAUUGAAGAAUGAUUGCAGAUAAUAAUCUCCAAGAGUUUCAGAAGGAUGUCCUCUGUCAAUGAGAGUGCCUCGCACCCCCCUGCCUUCCUUCUGCUGGGCAUUCCUGGCCUGGAUGCUUUCCACGUCUGGAUAGCCUUCCCCUUCUUUGUUGUUUAUCUAAUAGCACUUGUGGGGAAUUUCACAAUUCUCUGUGUGAUCAAGAAUGAGCAGAGUCUUCACCAGCCCAUGUUCUACUUCCUUGCUCUACUCUCUUUCAUUGAUCUUGGCCUCUCCACAUCUACUGUUCCCAAGAUGCUAGGUAUCUUCUGGUUUAACCUUACAGAGAUAAGUUUCGAAGGCUGUCUCAUCCAGAUGUUCUUCAUCCACACCUACACAGGCAUGGAAUCUGUUGUGCUCCUGGCCAUGGCAAUUGACCGUUUUGUUGCCAUUUGUCACCCACUUAGAUAUACUUCUAUUCUAACCAACAAGGUGGUAGCUCUCAUGGCAUCUGUUGUAGUAGGGAGGCCUGUCCUUCUUGUCAUUCCCUUCUGUCCACUCCUUAAGCGAUUGCCCUUCUGUGGACACUACAUAAUUCCUCAUACCUACUGUGAACACAUGGGGAUAGCUCGACUAGCCUGUGCCAGCAUAAGGAUAAACAUCAUCUAUGGCUUAUUUACCAUUGCUGCUCUGAUCUUUGAUUUAAUUCUCAUUGCUCUAUCCUAUGUUUGGAUCCUACAGGCCGUUUUUCGCCUUCCUUCUAGAGAUGCCAGACACAAAGCCCUUAGUACAUGUGGUUCGCAUGUCUGUGUCAUCUUAGCCUUUUAUACACCAGCUUUUUUCUCUUUUAUGACUCAUAGAUUUGGUAGAAAUGUUCCUCAGUACAUUCAUAUCCUCUUGGCCAAUCUCUAUGUGGUUGUCCCUCCUUGUUUAAAUCCAGUUAUUUAUGGAGUGAGGACAAAACAAAUUAGGGAGGGAGUCAUGAAAAUAUUUGUAAAGAAAGAGUAACUCAGAUAUCAGAGGUUCAUAAAUGCUGCCAGGUUGCUUUCCAUCAUUUGUCUUUCUCAGUGUUCUUCAAUCAACAACUAAGUCAAGGGAUAUUCAUACUCUUCAGGCAUUACCAUGGAGUCCUCAUUAAAUAUUUUGUUUCAAAAUGUCUACUUUGACUUUAAAAGUUUCUUACCUUUGUUAUUUUUAAUGAGAGUUAUAGAAGAUGGAGGAAUGAAGUUUAAGUAAAAGCUGUAAAAAAGAGCUAAUACCUAUACCCCUCAAAGUGUUCCACAUAAUAGAAACAGAAGGAACACUGCUAAACUCUUCAAACUCUUUUUAUGAGGCUACAGUUACCCUGAUACCAAAAUUACACAAAGAUCCAACCAAGAAACGGAAUUACAGACCAAUCUCACUCAUGAACAUGGAUGCAAAAAUUCUCAAUAAAAUACUGGCAAACCGAAUCCAAGAACACAUUAGAAAAAUUAUCCAUUAUGAUCAAGUCGGCUUCAUCCCAGAGAUGCAAGGCUUGUUCAACAUAGGAAAUUCUAUCAAUGUAAUCCAUCAUGUAAAUUAUGUAAAUCAUUAGAUGCCAAAAAAGCAUUUGAGAAAAUCCAACACCCCUUCAUGAUAAAGGUCUUGGAGAGAUAAGGCUGUUCACUCUCGAUAGCUCUUCAACAUAGUUUUAGCAACAGCAAUAGGACAACAAAAGGAGAUCAAAGGGAUUCAAAUUGAAAAGGAAGAAGUCAAACUUUUGUUAUUUGCAGAUGAUAUGAUUGUGUACAUAAGUAACCCCAAAAAUUCUACCAAAGAACUUUUAUAGCUGAUAGGAGUAUUGCAGUAAUGUGGCAGGAUACAAGAUCAACUCAAAAAAUCAGUAGCCCUUCUAUACACAAAUGAUAAAGCUGAGAGGGAAAUUAGAGAAACAUCACCUUUCACAAUAGCCACAAAUAACAUAAACUAUCUUGGGGUAACACUAACUAAAAAAGUGAAAGACCUAUUUGACAAGAAUUUUAAGUCUUUGAAGAAAGAAACUGGAGAAGAUACCAGAAAAUGGAAAGAUCUCCCAUGCUCUUGGAUAGGAAGGAUCAAAAUAGUACAAAUGGUAAUUCUACCAAAAGCAAUCUAUAGAUUCAAUGCAAUCCCCAUCAAAACCCAAACAGAAUUCUUCAUAGACCUUGAAAGAACAAUAAUCAACUUCAUACGGAAAAAAUUAAAACCCAGGAUAGCCAAAACAAUUCUAUAUAAUAAAGGAACUUUUAGAGGCAUCACCAUUCCUGACAUUGACAUUACAGAUCUACAGUAAUAAAAACAGCUAGGUAUUGGCAUAAAAACAGAGACGUUGACCAAUGGGAUCGAAUUGAAGACCCGGAUAUUAAUCUACAAACCUAUGAACACCUGAUUUUUGACAAAGGAGCUAAAAUUAUACGAUGGAAGAAAGAAAACAUCUUCAACAAAUGGUGCUGGCAUAACUGGAUGUCAACCUGUAGAAGAAUGAAAAUAGAUCCAUAUCUAUCUCCAUGCACAAAACUUAAGUCCAAAUAUAUUAAAGACCUCCAUAUAAAUCUGACCACAUUGUACCUGACAGAAGAGAUAGUGGGAAGUACUCUUCAAUGCAUGAGCACAGAAGACCACUUCCUAAAUAUAACCUUAGUAGCACAGCCACUGAGAGCAACAGUAAAUAAAUGGGACCUCCUAAAACUGAAAAGCUUCUAUAAAGCAAAAGACACAGUCAAAAAGAUUCUCUAAUAUAUGGAAAAUGGUAUUUAUUUUAUCAAUAGCAAAAAUUACAUAUAGAUUUUAUAAAAAGGAAAAUUUUGAUGGCAUACGUGUCUUAAGGAUUUGAAUCACGAAUCAUUUUUUUAUCUAAAUGCCUUAA